CCCUGUAUCUGUAUCGCUUCGCCUUCUAGGAGUCGCGUGAAGCUAACUUGGCUUAGCUUCGGAACUGGGGUCUAAUUAAAGCCGCAGCGAGGAUGCCCAAAUUACCAGCGGUUGGCAUUGACCUUGGUACCACGUACUCGUGUGUCGGCGUCUUUCAGCAUGGCAAGGUGGAGAUCAUAGCCAACGAUCAGGGCAACCGCACCACGCCCAGCUAUGUGGCGUUCACGGAGUCGGAGCGUCUCAUAGGCGAUGCGGCCAAGAAUCAGGUGGCCAUGAAUCCCAACAAUACGAUCUUCGAUGCCAAGCGGUUGAUUGGCCGCCGCUUCGAUGACGCCACCGUGCAGGCGGACAUGAAGCACUGGCCCUUCGAGGUGGUCUCCGAGAACGGCAAGCCGAGGAUCCGUGUGGAGUACAAGGGCGAAAGGAAGAGCUUCUAUCCAGAGGAGGUGUCCUCGAUGGUGCUGACCAAGAUGCGCGAGACAGCCGAGGCGUAUCUGGGUGGAACUGUGACGGAUGCGGUGGUCACUGUGCCCGCCUACUUCAACGACUCGCAGCGCCAGGCCACCAAGGAUGCGGGUGCCAUCGCCGGCCUGAACGUGCUCCGGAUCAUCAACGAGCCUACGGCGGCGGCCAUUGCCUAUGGCUUGGACAAGCAGGGCACCAGCGAGCGGAAUGUCCUGAUCUUCGAUCUGGGCGGCGGCACCUUCGACGUGUCCGUGCUGACCAUUGAGGAUGGUAUCUUCGAGGUGAAGGCCACUGCUGGGGACACGCAUCUUGGUGGCGAGGACUUUGACAACCGGCUGGUGAAUCAUUUCGUGCAGGAGUUCCAGCGCAAGCAUAAGCGUGAUCUUGGCCAGAAUAAACGAGCUCUGAGGCGCCUGCGCACCGCCUGUGAGCGGGCCAAGCGGACGCUGUCCUCCUCCACACAGGCCAGCAUCGAGAUCGACUCCCUGUUCGAAGGCAUCGACUUUUACACCGCGGUUACGCGUGCCCGCUUCGAGGAGCUCAACGGGGAUCUCUUCCGGGGCACCAUGGAGCCGGUGGCUAAGGCGCUACGUGACGCCAAAAUGGACAAGGGUCAGAUUCAUGACAUUGUGCUCGUUGGUGGCUCUACAAGGAUACCCAAGGUGCAACGCCUUCUGCAGGACUUCUUCAACGGCAAGGAACUGAACAAGUCCAUCAAUCCCGACGAGGCAGUGGCUUACGGUGCCGCCGUUCAGGCAGCCAUUCUGCAUGGCGACAAGUCAGAGGCUGUGCAGGAUCUGCUCCUGCUCGAUGUGACGCCGCUGUCCUUGGGCAUUGAGACCGCUGGCGGAGUGAUGACCACGUUGAUCAAGCGGAACACCACCAUACCCACGAAGCAGACGCAGAUCUUUACCACUUAUGCGGACAAUCAGCCAGGUGUACUCAUCCAGGUGUUCGAGGGCGAGAGGGCUAUGACCCGCGACAAUAACAAUCUCGGCAAGUUUGAGCUCUCGGCCAUUCCGCCGGCACCUCGAGGAGUGCCCCAGGUGGAGGUCACCUUCGAUAUCGAUGCCAAUGGGAUACUCAAUGUGUCGGCUCUGGAGAAGUCGACGGGCAAGGAGAACCGCAUCACCAUCACCAAUGACAAGGGUCGGCUGAGCAAGGAGGACAUUGAGCGGAUGGUCAACGAUGCGGAGGCUUAUCGGCAGGCGGACGAUGAGCAGCGCGAGCGGGUUAAUGCCAAGAACCAACUGGAGUCAUACUGUUUCCAGCUGCGCUCCACCCUGGAUGAUGAACAACUGCGCUCCAGGAUUAGUGACACCGAUCGGGAGACCAUACAGCAGCGCUGCAACGAGACCAUCGCCUGGCUGGAUGCCAAUCAGCUGGCCGAGCGGCAGGAGUUCGAGCACAAACAGCAGGAGCUGGAACGCAUCUGCAGUCCGAUCAUCACGAGGUUAUAUCAGGGUGCCGGCAUGCCUACGUCUCCACCUUCAGCCGGUGGUCCAAAUCCGGGACCAACCGGCGGGUCUGGCCCCACCAUUGAGGAGGUGGACUAGUAGGUGUUUCGGUUCCACUCAUCGAGAGAUCAUUGCAAAUUGUUUGUUAGAAAAUUCUAAAUAUCUUUUAUGGAGUUUAAGGUAUAUAUUUUCAAACCCCUUAAUGCAAAUAAAUCUUACUUGUCUGAGCUA